GUGUCUAAAAUAUGGCGGCCAUGACGUGUUUACGGCUGCGCAGUAACAUUCCCUGCAUGCAGCCCAGAAAAGCAUAGCCUUCGAGAUCUGUUUCUGUUACACUAAAGAGACAACCAUCGCUGGGCCGUGUAUUUGAACACCACAUAUUUUAGGAUCUUGUCUUUACAUAAAGAAUGAUCAUCCAAGUUGGCAAAUACGUAAAAGAAUGGUUGUCUCUGUUCAUCAAAGUGAUAACAGCCACAGAGCUUCUGAUUGGCAUAGCCUCGACCCAACCGCAGACCGUGAACGCAGCAUUGCCAGUCAUUCCAAAGAGGAGGGGCAGACUUUCGUAAACACAACUUACGAGUUGUGCUCUGGCCAUAGGGUUGACUGGAAGCGAGACGUACGUGAGGCUAAAGCGAAUUCGCGCUUACGUAUGAGGCAGUGGUAACUAACGUUAGCGUCAGGGAAUAGUGACGAAGGCCGAGGCUCCCAAUAUAUGUAUCAAGUAGGAUGUAACGCAGGCACAGACAAUGUCUCGGAGGCUCGAGCGACAACAUAUUGCUGCAGCGUUUCAAGCCAAUGGACAAGUGAAAAAACAUGCCUCAAUUCGGCAUUAUUGAAUUUGGGUGUUCGUUCACGAGCAGCAGCCAUGGUGCCGUACAGCCGCGCCACGAGCGACGCCCCCGCGGUUCCGGCCAGCAGCUGGCCCACGGUGCUGGCCAGCGGCUGGCUCUUCUUUUUCGCCUCGGCGCUGUUCCGCUCGUACGGCGUGCUCUACCUGCACCUGGUGCGCACCGCGCAGCUGAGCCGGGCUGCCGCCUCGCUGCCCAUCGCCUUCGUCGCAGCCUCAGCGGGAGUGUCCGGUCUUCUGUGCACCCUGCUGCACAAGCGAGUUCCUGUGAUCGUCUCAAACCUGUGCUGCUGCCUGGUGUGUGGAGCAGCGCUUUGUUUUCCUUAUAUCAUGGCGACUGCACCGGGCCUGGCCUUGGCUGGCAUUUUUUACGGUCUGGGACUGGGCCCCAUCGAAUGGCGGAGCCAGAUGCUUAUCAAGAAGUGCUUCAAGAAGGACCGCAUCCUCGCCCUAGGCGUGGCUUCCCUGGGCGUCACAUUCGCUGGCAUCGUGUUCCCGUGGCUUGUGCAUCACCUGUUGCGCGAGUACACCACGGCCGGCGCCUGCCUUCUGUUGGGCGCCGUCACCCUGAACGGCUGCAUCGGAACACUGCUUCAAAAGCUGUCCGCGCCGCGGAGUGCCACUUCCUGCGGUCGCGCAGUGCUUCCCUCGGUGGCAGCCGUCGAGAACGGCAACGUGGAGAUGCGGGUCGUGCGAAAGCGCUACAGCGUGACGAUCGACGAGAAUCCACAGCAGGCCAGCUCGGGUCCCAGGCUUAGCAGCAAACGGGACCGCGGAUCUGCCCCCGAAGGCCUCGACCGCGCUGCCGGUGGUGUGAAUUCGUACCAGAAGCUCAGAGCUGUCAGCAGCAGCAACAUUCCUGCGGAGAAGGUCGACCAACAGCCGGCGGACUCAAUCAGGGACGGCUUCGGCCUGUACCAACUCGCCGGCGGAGGUGCGCUUUCGCAGGACUCCAUCUACGAGGACUGCCAGUCGGACUUCGACCCUUGCGAACUGGAGGGCCUCCCCACAUUCAAGCGACGCAGACUGCUAACGGAGGGUUCGGAGACGUACCUCUCCUGUUAUUCCGUGCUGGAUCCCACGUUAUACGAUGUAGUCGAGGCGAAAGACACCGGCGAAGUUACCAUACACAGGCGGUCGGUUUCGUCGGAGAGCAUCGUGAUCGUUCCUGUGCAGGCCAAAUUUCAGGGACCGCUGAAAGAACGACUGCGCGUGUUCUUCCAACCAGCCUCGGUGCUUUUGAAAAACGGCAUGUUUUACAUCUGCGGGCUUAGUUUCGUGAUACUGUACGUCAUCAACGUCGUCUACAACAGCACAGUGCUGGACUUCGCCGUGGACAAAGGAGUGAGCCCCGAUUCUGCCGUGUCUCUGAUCAGCGUCUUCUCUGUGGCCGACCUCGUCGCCCGACUCGCAACUUCAGCGGUCAUGAACCGCGAACUGGGCUCCAAGAAGAUUCUCAUGAUCUGGAUUCAGGCCUCCAGCGGGGUCCUCAUGCUGGCCGCGCCCUACCUGGUUGGCUACACGGCCGCGCUGGUCGCGGCACUCUUGCUGGGCGCCAACCUGGGAUCUUUGUACGUGUUAUACAUCAUUAUAUUCGAGGACUACAUCGGACUGCAUCUCAUUUCGUGGGCCUUCGGCAUGUACGGCAUCGUUGUGGCCUUGCUGGCCCUGCUGAUGGUAGCCGUAAUAAGUUAUUGUCGCGACAUUCUCAUGUCGUACGACACCUUCUUUCAAGUUAUGGGUCUCCUCUGCCUGCUGAACGUCUUCUUCUGGGCGUUUGCUGAACCAUUCUUCAAGAAACAGAGAAUAAGCGCACGGAAGGCCCAAGAAAACAGCCGUCCACAAUAACAUCGUCAUCAAGGCACCUUAUGCAGCAACUUCAUUUACUCUCCAUCAAGCAGCGGCAUAGCACAUGGUUCAACGGUUUGACAUUCGAAAGAUGCGAGAAGUGCCGCAACCUUCCAAGUGGACAUCGCUCUUCAACGCAACUUCUAGCAACGUCAAGUUACAGCGGCUUUCGUGGACACAAUGGUGGCGAACGAACGAGCUGUGUUAAGUGCUGGUACUGAACAAAAAAAGAGGAAGAAAGAAAGAAAAUGAAAAGCCAGUGCCACCACAUUUGAGCGCAACGACGUUGUCUGCCAUGGACUG